AUGACACAACCUCAGAAGACAAUAGCCGUCGUCAACGCGGCUGGCCGGCAAACUGCCUCGCUCAUUCGUGUCGCCUCCGCUGUCGGAUACUCCGUACGCGCUCAAAUCCAUUCGCUCAAGGGUAUCGUCGCCGAUGAGCUCCGCGGUCUACCCAAUGUCACUCUUAUCCACGGCCCGCUUCUCAACAACCCCGAGUUGAUGGACACCCUGUUCCAAGGCGCCAAUUAUGCCUUUAUCAACACCAUGUCGCAAGCCGGUGACGAGGUCGCCAUCGGCCGCGCGCUCGCCGACGCCGCCAAACGCGCCGGCACCAUCCAGCAUUACAUCUAUAGCAGCAUGCCGGAUCACUCCGUUCAUGGCCCUUGGCCCGCCGUGCCCCAGUGGGCUCCCAAGUUCACCGUCGAGAACUACGUGCGCCAGCUCAACAUGCCCUCUACUUUCGUUUACGCUGGAAUCUACAACAACAACUUCACCAGUCUUCCUUAUCCGCUCUUUCAAAUGGAGGUCCUGCAGGACGGCAGCUUCGAAUGGCGCGCGCCCUUCGACCCGGAGACCCCACUACCCUGGUUAGACGCCGAGCACGACGUAGGCCCAACUCUCCUACAGAUUUUCAAGGACGGUCCUAAGAAAUGGAAUGGUCAUCGAAUCGCCCUCACAUUCGAAACUCUCUCUCCAAAUCAAGUUUGCGCCGCCUUCCAGCGAGCCCUCAAUCGGCCCUGCAACUACGUUCGCGUCCCCAGGAUCGAAAUCAAGGUCAACAUCCCGCCCGGCUACCGGGAACAGCUCGAGACCCUCGAGCUGCUGUUCGGUGAAGAUAACGCGCCCUACUUCCCACAGCCCGAGUUUUCCCAGCCAGCCGCCGGUUCGCCCAAGGGUCUUGGCCCGGCGGGUGGAAAGGGUGCUGGUGCGGGUAUGAUGCAAGGACCGGGUGGAGUGGUUUCGCUACGCGUGACGGAUGAAGCUCGGCAUUUGUGGCAGGGGUGGAGGGAUAUGGAGGAAUAUGCGCGUGAAGUCUUCCCAGUGGAAGAAGAGGCCAAUGGACUGGAUUGGAUGCUAUAG